UUCAGUAUUGAUAUGGACACAGUCGGUUAAGGUAGCACUUUUUGAGCGCCGUUCAGUAUUUUUGUUUUUCGUUUGUUGCCGAUUUUUUUUUGGGUUUUUGAAAAUUCGCGAUACUUCGAUAGAUUGCUGUUUUCUCAUUGCUAGUGUUCGGCAAGAAGUUUGUAUAGUAAAAUAAGAAGGUUCGAGAAAAAUCCAAUACAUUUUGAGUUGAAGAGAAAACUGUUUCAAAUGCCAUUUGAGAGUAACGAUGUGUUUAUUCAUGGAGAAAAAAAUCUGAUUCAAACAGGUCAAAACAAAAAGAUCACACCGAAUCAGGAAAAAGCAACGACCACCAUCGAAAGAAUAAUCGAUAUAAAAUUGAACCGGAAUAUAACUAGAACGUGUUAUAAAUAAUUGAGCCUGUUUGAACAGGACAAUCAACGUUGAGUAUAAAUUAAUUGGAGAGCAAAAACAACCAAAUAGCGAAGAAAGAACAAGUGGCCAACAAUUAUUGGAAGCAGAAAGAAAAAAAUGUUUCGAUUAAAAAAAUCCACAAAAUCAACGACAAAAACGGAAAUUCUAACGUCAUCGCAAGACAUACCGACGACAACGAAAGAUUGUAAAAAAUUAAUUCUUGACAACACACGAUGGGAGCGGCGAUUACAAAAGGAAUUGAUGUCGUUGAUAAAGGAACCUCCACCGAACGUGAUGAUUGACGCCGACAGUAUUAGCCAAAACCUAACUCAAUGGAAAAUAAACAUGGAUGGCGUCGAAGGAACACUGUACGAGGGGGAACACUUUCAACUGUUAUUUAAAUUUAAUAAUAAAUAUCCAUUCGAUUCGCCGGAGGUAACAUUCGUUGGACCAAACAUACCUGUGCAUCCGCACGUAUACUCAAAUGGUCAUAUCUGUCUAUCUAUUUUAACGGAAGAUUGGACACCAGCUUUAUCAGUGCAGUCAGUGUGUCUUAGCAUCUCAUCCAUGUUGAGUAGUUGUCGAGAGAAAAAGAGGCCGCCAGAUAAUACCUUAUACGUUCGAACUUGUAAUAAAAAUCCAAAGAAAACCAAGUGGUGGUAUCACGAUGACUCAGUGUAGAACGAAUCAUUAUGAAACUGUUGACAAUUGAAAUUAUUUAUAUAAUAAUGAGAAAGAAAAAGAAAACCAACAAAUCAAACAUAAAAUGAAAUGCUUUGUGGACAAUAUCAAUUGAAACCGGUUGACUUUUGCAAAUUCAUACACACGAUCACCCCCCCACCCCCUUCUCCAACACACACACGCACUCUCAAUCAAAUGGAAAAAAUAAAUUACGUACACAAUUUUUGUUGUCGUUCCUAUCUCUGAAAGAUGUAUUAAGUUGAUUUGAAGAAGGGAAAAACACAUUCCAUACAGAAGGACUAAUAUUAAUAAAUAUAUUCAUAGAGGCAUGGCAAUAGAUAAAUGAAUGAACGGAAACACAGAAUCCCACUUAAUACGUUUUAAUUUUUUUUAAAAUUCACGAAAAAAACAAAACAAUUUCAACACAGAAGAAUUGAUCGUGUUCGCAUGUAAUUUUGUUCUCUUGUUGUGUGUAUAUCAGUGCUGGAAGAAACAGAAAGAACACCGUUGUAAAUAAAUGUCCGAACUGGGAGGAAAUGAGGUAGUCAAUUAGAUACAGGUAGCAAAUAUUCAAAAUGGAUCACGUGAAAGAAAGCACCUAAAAUUUGUAUAAUUUUUAUUAUUAUUAUUAAUUGAGGCAGUUUUUUUUUUAUUUUGAGUUUCCUGGUCCCAAGUCACUAAUCUACAGUCAAUUGUUCAUUCGGCGACAACUUUUUUUUUCGACUUUUCUUGCAUAUAAAAACAAGGGUAUUUUCAAAUGAAAAAAAAAAUAAAUAGAACAGAGAACGAACACCGAAUAGAGAGCUAAAGACACUGAUUUCAGACAUGAUUACGUAUUCUUUUUCGUCUUAUUUGCAUUUUUAAGCCGUGUUCACUGUAUGAAUUGAAGAUGAACAGACUACCUUUUUUUUAAAAAACCUAGAAUACAAAUCAGAGAAUUUCAAUCACAACCUCAUUUCUGAUCAUGCAAUUUUGAUCAUAUAACUCUAUUCUAAUUGUCUUUUUUCUUCGUCUCGAGAGUCCGUAACAAAAAUAGUAAACACCUUUUUCCUGUUCGAAAAGUAUGUGAUGCUGCUUAUUGAAUUGUGUGUGCCUGGAUCAGCACUGCAAUAUAAGCGAAAAUAUAUAAUUCAUAAAGAAAACAUAUUAUAAGACGAUGAUUUAAAUUUUUGGAUUUUUUGUCGUAAGUAAUUGAUAUUUUUCUAAUUAAACUUAUUCAUUAGAACAAAUUAAAUAAUUAAAAUGGCUCAUACUAAACUGAA